CCGUUAUUCAGGCGGGCUGACAGCUGGGAGGAGAGAGACGCAGAAAAGCGGGAGUUUUUCCGCCUCAGCGUUUACAGAAAGUGAGAGAAAGCAGCGGGAGAACAGUGCCUCACACUAAGCUGCUUCACAAACACUGAAGAAUGAUUUUCCAUCAGCAGUGAUUCCUGGUGUUCACAUUUUACAUGAAGUAUUGAAGGUGGUAACUAUGACGACUAAGAAGCUGCUCAUUGAAACACUGAACCAGUUGAGUCCAGAGGACUUUGCUGAGUUCAAGUCACUCACUGAACUGGAGAAAGAUCUAUCAUCCAAGCCAAGGGGCCGACUGAAAACAACAAACACACAGGAUGUAGUGAAGCUGAUGGAGGAGACGUACAGAGGAGAGAGUGUGGAGGAGACCAGAAAGGCUUUAAUGAAGAUGAACAGGACUGAUCUGGUGCAGAGAUUAUCAGACAAACAGUUUCCUCCACUGAGCCAGAGAGUGGAAACGAUGGAGUCUCUUAUUGAGCUGCUUUUGGAGACACUGGCUGAUCUGAGAGGCAGCGAGGUCAGAGACUUCAUCCAGAUCCUGAGAAGAAAACGUGGCUCAAUGAGCUCCAUGAGUCUGUCUGAGAUGUCAGGUCCUGUCGGACAUGGUUAUAUGCAGGACGUGCAGGACCUGGUGUUUUUGAUGGUGAGGACUUUUGGCCAACAGUCAGUGGAGAAGAUCGUGGAGGUUUUAAAGGAGAUGAAGAGGACUGAUCUGGCUCAGAGGCUGACAGACAGCAGCUCAGAAGCUCAAAACAAACAUCUGGAUGAACAUCUGUCUGCACUGAUCCAUAAAGUUGCAACAAUGGCAGCUGUUACAGAUGUGCUUCUAGAAACACUGGAGGAUUUGAGUGAUCAGGAUCUCAAGCAGUUCAGGAGGUUACUGCAGUUCACUUGGUUUCAGAAGAGUCUUCCACAAAUCGAACUGAGUGAUGACAGAAGAAGAAUAGUGAAUGAUAUGAUUGAUAAACUUGGUCAUCAGUCUGUGGAGGUGAUCAGGGAGGUUUUAACAGACAUGCAGAGAACUGAUCUGGUGCAGAGGCUGUCAGAGAGCAGCUCAGGACUCAAAGCUGCAGGAUCAUCAGCUGAAGGAUUUGAUGUGGAGGAAACAGAGAAAGAGAAACACUCUGAGGAUGAACGUUGGCCUGCACUGAUCCACAAAGUAGAAACGAUGGAGUCUGUUAUUGAGCUGCUGCUGGAAACUCUGGAUGGUCUCAAUGAGCCGGAGCUCAGGGAGUUCAAUAAGAACCUGCCACAAAUUCAUCGCAAAUAUGACUCAGACUUCACAUGGGUGUGGUAUAUGAGGACAAACCUGCAGGACACAGUGUUUAUGAUGGUGCAGACUUACGGCCAACAGUCAGUGGAGAAGACCAUGGAGGUCUUAAAGAAGAUGAAGAGGACUGAUCUGGCUCAGAGGCUGUCAGACUGCAGCUCACUGCCUCGAAAGAAACACUCUGUGGAUGAACGACGCUCUGCACUGAUCCACAAAGCGGCAACAAUGGCAGCUGUUAAACAUCUGCUUUUAGAAACUUUGAAUGAUUUGAGUGAUGAGGAGCUCAAGAAGUUUAAGAGGAUCCUGCAGACGAUCCUUCCUUGGAGGAAUCUGUCAUUCUUCUCAUAUAGGUUGAGGCGAUCAGACAGAGCAGAUGUAGUGAAUCUGAUGGUGGAUGAACGUGGUCAUCAGUCUGUGGAGGUGACCAGAGACGUUUUCAUGCACAUGAACAGAACUGAUCUGGUGCAGAAGUUACCAGAGAGCAGCUCAGCAUCCAGAGAGAAACACUCUGUGGAUGAACAUGGAGCUGCACUGUGGAAGAGAAAAAAAGAACAGGAAGCUGUCAGACAGAUUCUCUUGGAAACACUGAAUGAAUUCAGUCAAAAGGAUCUAAAGAAAUUCAAGCAGUUGCUGCCGUUCACGUGCUUUAAGAUGAGCCUGCCACAAAUGGUGAGGUACCGGUAUCCAAACAGGACAGAAGACCUUGUGAAUCUGAUGGUGGAUAAACUUGGUCAUCAGUCUGUGGAGGCGACCAUGGAGGUUUUAACAGACAUGAACAGACCUGAUCUGAUGCUGAGGCUGUCAGAGAGCAGCUCAGGACGAAAAACUGAAAGAAGUUCAGAGCUUGAAGGUUGUCAGAGCCUGACGCAGGGCUGCAGUGAUUGGACUAAACUUGAACCUGAGGUGAACAGUACAGAUGCAGACGAGGCUCCAACUUACAGCCUUCAGUCUGCAGCAGGACACUUUGAAUGCAGAGUCUCAGGCUUGCGCUGGGUCUGUAAGGGAAAGACCAGCUUUCAGUACCAGUUUAGAUCUUGGGAGGGACACAUGGAGAGGAUGGAGAGCAGACAAUACAUGCCUGCAGGUCCUCUGAUGGACGUCACAGUCACUGCUGGGAAGUUAAAUGAAGUUCACCUGCCACACUGGAUCUGCAUCGAUGACAUCCCUGACAUAUUGGACACGUUUGCAGUCCUUCACAUAGAUGACUGUGGAGAUGUUGUGGAAACAGUGUCUGAGGUCACACCAACACAUGUCAAGUUAACUGAACCACAUUUCUCUCUAAUAGGGGCUCUGAUACGUUUAUUCUUUCCUUUGAAAAUCAGCUGUUACACGUUGAUGUACUAUAAACCCAACACAUCAUUUCUUAAACUCCACGUCUAUCCAAUCCGACAGGAUCCUGCUCUGGAACAGGGAAUAGACAAGGAAGAAUCCUCAGAUGGAUACAAAAGAAUCAAGAAACCACACCCAGACAAGUACCUGCAACCUGAGCGUACUUUCAGCCUCAAAGCCGACAACACAAGUGCAAAAAUUCAACCAAAGGAGUUAACCCUCAGAUACAAUAGGCAAAACUUCUAUGAGGUGUACGUUAAGAAUCCAGGCAGUGAACUCAUACUUAGACUGGUGCACACUCACCCAGCUGAUGGUGAACCAGCUGAUGAGCCACUAUGGAAAUGUGAAAUUCAAGCAGAUGACCAUCCAGAGUCUGGUCAAGCUGAAGCUGCAGGAUCCUCAAGGGGAGCAGCUGGUGUCGGCACGUUGGCAGCUGAGAAACACUCGGUGGAUAAACAUCCUCCUGCACGGGGAAGGAAAGCAUUGUUCAAAUCCAACAGAAAGAGGUACGAUGAGGAUCCAGAAGAAGAAGAAGAGCAUAAAAAGCUAAAGUUACAGUGGGACAGUGAUGCUGCAGCACAGAUGCCAAAGGCAUUAACAGUCCACUCAGACAGAGAGAAGCUUUUGGAAAUGUUGGAAGAUCUGAAAAAGGAGGAGCUUGAAAAGUUCAAGUGGUUCCUGCGGGACCGUGAUGUUUUGGUGGAGCUCCAACCCAUCCCAGAGAGCCGACUGGAGAAGGCCAGCACCUGUGACCUGGUGGACCUGGUGGUGCAGACCUACACAGAAAAGUCUGGGGAGGUGACCAAGAAGGUUUUUAGGAAAAUUAACAGAAAUGAUCUGGUGCAGAAGUUAUCAGACAGCAGCUCAUGAUGCAAAGUCUGGUUUGGAGUGAAGCCUGAAUGAGAAAAGUUUCCAAGGUUAGAAGUUACUGAGGAACAUCAUGACCUGCAUCUGUUACUGCCAUGUUUCUCACAUUUUAAGAAGUUUUGACGACUGCUUUGAAGAUAAACUGGAGAAUUUUAUACUUUUUAAUCUUUAAUAUCCUGCUUUAAUCAUUGUUUUGUGUUUUUUAAUUCCCUUUUAAGCACGUCACUAAACAUUUUAUAUUGGCUUUCUACUAAAUAUAGAAACAUAAAUACAAUUGUUCUUUAUCAAUAAAAUAUUUUUUCGGAUACAUCAGGGAGCAACAUUGGUGUCUAUUAACUAUUUACUGUCAGAAACUCGUUCAAUUUUUAACAUUUUAAAAUCUGUAAAAACACGUCUUUCAUGUUUAUACGCACGGUGAAACUUUUGCUGGAAUGAAGCGGCCUAAAAACAAUGAAACAAUGUACAAUGAAGAUCACUCAGUAAGAUGAUUGCUGUGCUUUUGUAUUUUAAGAGAUGAGAUGUUCAGGUCAGUCUUUAUUUUCCUACAGGAUCAUUUUGAUUUGCAGCAUCAGUCAGUCAAACUGAAAUAUCACAAAAUGAGAAAGAUCAACACAUAAAUAACAGUAAGAAUGAGGAAUAGUUAAAUGAAUGACUAAAAGUACAUUAAAAUGAUGGAAGCAGUCAAUAAGAAACGUUACAAACAUCAGAAAUGUCAGACCGGGAUCGGACGGCUUUAUUUACACAGAACUGGAUGUUUCCUGACUCUGAGGACUUUAUUCGUCUAAGGAAGAAACUCAGACUGUUCCUAAAUGUGUCCUUAUAUUUUGACUUGUACGUACAAAUUUUUAUAUGGUGUAAUUGUUAUUAAA